UACAAUAAGAUUUCAUACAAUGGGGUUGUGGAAAGAAUGGAAGAACGCUGUACUGUUGUGGAAGGUUGUAGAAAUUGUAAGUUAAGGCUAAGAAUAGUGUGUGACUGCUGGAUGUACCCAGAGUGCAAAAGACAAUUCUCAAAAAGUUAAUUGAUUUGUUUCUACUAUUAGCUGUCCUCAUCUGAUUCCUGUUGGUCCUUUUGUUUCUCAGCUCUAGCCAUGUUAACUGGCCUUCUAAUUAUUAUUCAUAGUAAUUGACUGACCUCAGAUGUUCAGCUUUAGUGAGCUCACCUGUAUUCACGUCCAAGCAGCAACCAGAAAUGCAUUAAAAAUCCAAGACUGCUAAACCAGACUACAACUCUGCACAGCACCUCCAGCACUCCUGGAUUUUGCAAACAAGUGAUCACCUUCUGGGAAUGUUACUCCUGCAAAUAAUCUUAGCUUGGGCUCUCUGCCACUGGGUGUAUGGAGUAGAGAGAGCUCAUCAUUCAACAACAGCCUUUGUAGCAGAAUCUCAUGCCUUCGUUAUGACUCACCUGGCCUACUUCCCAAACAACAUUUCAGUGGAAAUGGUAGGUGAUGCCACUCUGGAUGGAAAACUUACCCACAGCGUGGAGUAUCAAAAUAAUCAAAUGAAUGCAAGCCAGUUGCUCCAACUGGAAUCUUUAGAUCUCUGGGAGCAGAGGAAGAGUGCACUGCAAUAUUACCUCGAGCUUUUCAAGACACUGGUCAACCUGUAUGCUCGCGAAAGGAAAAUACCAUACCCCCUACACACACAUUGUACUCUGGGGUGCCAGAUCUUUGGGAACGGCACCAACAGAACCUUCUAUGAGGUUUUAUUAAAUGGGACUGAUUUCCUGAGAUUCAAUGCAGCCAAUCAGAGCUGGGUACCUUUGCAGGAAACUCCUGUGGCCAGCUAUACCAGUAUGCAGCUGAACAAAUACCCUGAAACCAGUGCGACCCCAGCUUUCUUCCUGCAGGAAACUUGCAUCAAGAUUGUAACAGAGCACACUGCAGUGGAAGGAGCCUUUACAGGGAAACAUGAAGGACGUUCACACACUCCACUGGUGGUAGGCCUCAGCCUUGGUGCCCUUGCUGUAAUGGCACUAGCUCUUUGCAUCUUCCUAUGCACAGGCGGGAAGAGAUAGCAUCUUAAGUAUUACUGUAUAUGGACCAGCAGC